AUGAAGUUGCAAAUGGGCCAAAAGUCGACACUGGUGGUGAGUGAUGCGGACAUAGCGAGGGAGUGCCUCACCAUACACGACCGUGCCUUCGCCUCUCGCCCCAUGAUGGCUGCGGGUAGGAUUCUUGGUUUCGACUACACCGCGAUUGCUUGGGCCCUCUACGGCCCCUUGUGGCGGGACCUGCGCAAGGUCUGCACACUGGAGCUGCUAUCAACUCGUUGUCUUGAGACGCUCAGCCAUGUCCGGGACGGAGAGACUGCGAAUUGCAUAAAGAGAUUAUAUAGUGUUUUGAGGCUGGGUCCUGAAGAGGAGGUUAUGGAGUUCAAGGAAUUGGUGGAGGAGUCGUUCUAUGUGAGUGGCUUGCCGAACUUGGGUGACGUAAUGCCGGUGAGGCAAGGAGUGGAUGUAGAUCGUGAGAAGGCUACGGAUUUCUUGGAUGUGAUGUUGUCCUUGUCGGAUGACCCACAGAUCGCUUCGCUCUCUGCAUCCACUCCCCACAGGAGGGAUAUCAUAAUCAAGGCCACACUUCUGGUGAUCGUAUUUGCUGCAACGAACACAUCUGCAAUGACUCUGGAAUGGGCUCUGGCUUCUCUAUUGAGCAAUCCGGAGGCCAUGAGGAAAGUUAAAGAGGAGCAUGACACGAAGAUCGGAAAGGAAAGAAGGGUGGAGGAGGCUGACAUAGCCAACCUCCCCUACCUACAAGCGAUCAUCAAGGACACACUGCGGCUGUACCCUCCCGGCCCACUCCUUGUCCCACAUGAAUCCAUAGAGGAUUGUGUGGUGGCCGGGUUCCAUAUGCCUGCCGGCACACGACUGCUUAUGAAUGCAUGGAAGAUACAGAGGGACCCAAGGUGGUGGCAGCAGCCCCUCAAAUUUGAGCUGGAGAGGUUUAUAGGGAGCGAGGUGGAUGUGAAGGGGCAACAUUUUCAGCUCUUACCAUUCGGGGCCGGCCGGCGAGCAUGUCCCGGCAUGUCCCGCGCCCUCUCGGUGGUGCAUUUGGCCCUGGCCCGCCUCCUCCAUAGCUUUGAUUGGCACCUCCCUCUUGGUUGCUCUUCACUUGACAUGACCGAGGUCGUUGGUCUCACCACCCCAAGGGCCUCCCCUUUGGAAGCUCUCAUGGAGCCCCGUCUCCCCCUUGAGUUACUGUGUAAGAGUUGA